GCUGUAACUGCUGCAGCACCUUCUCUAGCGAUGAUGUGUUCGAUUACAACGAGUAGUACUCAGGGGUAGACACAGACGGCGACAUUAAGAUGGAAGACGCACCAUCAGACAGCAGAACACCAUCUCCCCUUCCCUAUAACUUCGUCCAUGUCCCCAUCCGCGCCAUUCACGAUGCUUUCCUACAGCAUUUCGUCCCGUAUGAUAACCCCGCCGUUUUCGAGGUGCGGCCGAUACAUUGGCACCGUAAACACGAGGGCAUCUUCCUCUUCCGCUAUACGGACUUUCGCGGUUGGCCUGCCGUUCAACCAGCUGCGACCGAGCGGCGAAUUAGAAAUUACUUCCGACCGCUAGUCUACGAGGAGCAGAGGUGCGGCGCCGUGGAUACCCUAUUACUCGAUGCCCGCGCCUGGUCCUGUUGGGCCCAAGGCUUCACACACCUCGAGCCGGAGCUAAGGUGGGUGCUGACGCUCAUAUUCGACCUCAUAGGCAUCAUCAUCGCAAAGCAGAUGGCGACGGGAACGAGAAUACCGGUUACACCAGGAGGUAAUGUGGAUAUGGAGGCAGAUGAUCAAUCGGGAAAAUUGUUCUGGGAAGGUCGGUAUUAUCUUCACAACCUCAUGGCCGUGGUGAAAGAAAUGAAGACGACGUUCGGUGUCCCAAAUUUGACGAUCCCGCGAUUACCUUGGUUGGAUGGGAACUGAGUGGCUUCUGAAGGAUGGGUCUACUUUUUCGCUCCGGCUUUAUUCUAUUUUGUCUUCUUGUAGCGUUUAGUGCUUUUUUUUAUUUGGUAUAGGUAGAUUGGGGAAAUGAGCGUGUGGAUUCUUAAAUGCUGCUUUUUUUUUAUAUGUUGAUGAGGAUAAGGGAUAGGUGCUUUACGCUGAGGUGACUUGCGAACAUUGCGUAACAGGUCACUAACAGGUACGUAUUAACUUUCUCAGAUUCUAAGAUCCUGAUACAGAUAUAGGUAUCUAUAUAACUGCCUCAUAGAUCAAACACAAGAGACUCAGGUUUC